AUGUUCACCAAUGACCAGAGGCAAAAAGAACGAACAGGGAGAUACGGAACUUCCAGAGUGGAAUUCCUGCAGGAAUUGGUGACUCAGUUUCAGAACACAUCUGCAGAAGAAACAAGAGAGAAGAUUUUGGCAAAUUUGGCCAACUUUGCCUAUGAUCCUUACAACUUCAACUUCUUGCGUCAGCUUAACGUUUUGGAACUUUUCAUUGACUGCUUAACUGAACCCAAUGAAAAGCUUGUAGAAUUUGGUAUAGGAGGGAUCUGCAAUUCAUGUGUUGAUCCUGCCAACUCCGCAAUUGUAACUAAGUUUGGUGGAAUACCUCUUAUAAUUCAAUGUUUAUCAAGCCCAGUUAGGAACACUGUAAAUUAUGCACUUGGGGCACUUUAUUAUAUCUGUAACGAAUCUAACAAGGAGGAUAUUUUAAAGCCCGAAGUUAUUGACAUCAUUAGAAGGUACGCCGCUGCCGAAGCUGUUUGUGUGGGUUUCAGUAAUCUGGCUAAAGCUUUUCUGAAUAAGCAUCUAUCAGGGAACGAUUGA